UUUCACGUGUCUACCGACAAAUACACACUGUCUCUGAAACGUAAACAAACGUUUAUUUAUUCUCAACAAUGUCUUUGCUAACUGGACCUCGAAUGGUUACACGACUUUUAGCUUCCAGAUCGAAGACCAUGGCUGCAGCUUUACCUGACGAUUUGACUGUUGUCCAUAAACCUAAUUUGAAUAAAUUUAUAAUAGAUUUACCGCCACAACCUCCAAAUCACAAAGAACCAAGUCAGGCCAUCCUUGAGUAUGAAUGGAUCAAAGAUAACCAAGUAGAUCUCUAUCAUACUGAAGUACCAGACCACUUUCGUGGAAAAGGGAUCGCCAAAGUCAUAGCUAAAGGUGCCCUGGAUUAUUUUGUUGACAAGAAUAUCAAAAUGGAACUGAGCUGUACAUAUCUGGCGAAAUUUGUCAAAGAUACCAAUUAUAGGUCUUUGGCAGAAUAAAUUUCAAAUGAACAUGGCAGAAAAAAAAAGAA